UAUAUAGUUCAUGCAACCAUAUAACAAACGAUAUUUUUUCAUUGAGUGUCUGGGUCAGCAGUCUUCUUAGGAUAUAUCAGAAGAAGAUCAAAAAAAGACCAGGAAACAAUUCCUUAAAAUGGCUUCCUUGAAAUACAUUCUUGUAUUUGCAUUAUUAAUGAUGAUGUGGACGCAUACUUAUGCUGCAUACUUUGCGCAUAUGCGUGAGCGCCAGGAGAAGACAAUUCGUAAAGCUCCAGAAGAUGGUCAAAGGAAAGGUCGAUCUGCGGAAUCAGAUGAAUAUAUUGCAUACGGUGAAAGGAAGGGUCGAUCGGCGGAACCUGCAGAUGCAGGAUACGGUAUUACUUACGGUGAAAGGAAGGGUCGAUCUGCGGAAUCAGGUGCAGGAUAUGGUGCACAAGGUACACAUGAUCUUUUGUUUCCUAGAUAUAAGUUAUACAGUUGAAAGAAAAAGUACUAGUUAUGCGCACGUAUUUUCAAUAUGAUUGUUUUGGUAUGUCUCUUCAAU